AUGAAGUUCACCACCACAACUAUCCUCGCAACCAUCGUUGCUCUCGCCAUCGCAGCUCCAACCCCCUACAUCGAUUCGGUUGACAAGGAAAUUGGAGGUAACCCUGCUGUUGUACCACGGAAUCCUGAGCCGAUUGACGCCGCAUAUGCUGGCAACAGAGCCGUUGGUUCGAAGGUUGGCCCAACCCGUGGUUGCCUUAAACACGACCACUGUCCAACAGGGGGAAUCUAA